CAACGGCGAUUUUUUAAAAAUUAGACCGUUGCAGAGACGUUGGAGAGUAGUUAAUGACUUGUUUGACCAUCCCAACGGAUCUCUACACCUCCUCCACUAUAUAUUGGUGAUAUCUACUUCAUUUUUAUUCAUUCCAAUCAUCUUCUCUCAAUAUAUUCAUCAUAAUUCAUCAUUCUUGCUAUUAUUCUUCAUUUUUUUCAAAAUUUCUGCAAUCUCUCUCUCCUCUCUUGUUGCAAUGGCAGGCGGUCAGAGAAAGCGUUCCCGCACCGGCAAGAACGUGGCUUCUUCCUCGGUUCCUUCACCACCGGUGCACAAGUACCUCGACGGGUCGUUCCUUUGGUUCAACGACCACGCAGAGGCGACGCGGUUCUCGGAGAAAUUUGAGCACCGAGAGAUUCUCCCUCCCCGUUUCUCCACAGCCCGCUUCAUUCAUGACUCCAUUCCACGUGAGGCACGGAUUAUCCUCGAACGUGGAAACUUCCUCGAUCUCCUCUACAUCAAGAAGAUCAACUAUCAACCCUUUCUUGUUCGAGCUUUCUACUCGAACUUGAAAAAGGAUGAGGACGGAGUAUUGAUCUCUAACGUCAACGGGGUGAACAUCUAUUUGAAUGAGGAGAACAUUCAAAUCCUCACCGGGCUUCAUCGGGAUGGACAGGAUCUCGGGCUCUACGUUGGAGAAGAAGGAGCACGGUUCAACGAGACCGCUCUCUUAGAGGAAGUGGGUUUAGGUGAAGGGCAAUCCACCACGAGGCCUCCAUUGUUUGACAGAACAAACUACACCUAUUGGAAGGAACGGAUGAGGAUUUACAUCCAAUCCACCAACUUUCUCCGUUGGAGAAUUAUCAAAAAUGGUGAGAACGUGUCAAUGAAGAAGGUCGAGGAAACCAACGUCCCUAAGACCGAGGAUGAAUAUGAUGCGCAAGACAUCAAGAAGGUGGAAAACAAUGCCAAGGCCAUCAACAUCAUCUAUUGUGCCGUUAACCCGGAUGACUACCGGAAGAUUUCUUGUUGCACCACCGCAAAGGAAAUUCUCACACCGGAGUGGCGCUCCAAAGCCGAUGCCAUUCAAGAGUCCAUCGGCAUCACCAACGUCACCAUUGACGGACUUAGAGAAUCAAGCGAUGAGGACAACGAGUUCGGGCUCGUCAUCAAAAAAUUCCACAAGUUCAUGCGAAAAGAGUAUGAACGAAAGGGCAAAAAGCAUGGAGGACCACCCAAGUGCUAUGGGUGUGGAGAAGUUGGGCACAUCAAGCCAAAAUGCCCAAACGCCAAAAACGAGAAGGAGAAGAAACCGUUCAAGAAGCACCGAGCUUACAUUUCAUGGGGAGGUGAUUCCGGCGAUGAGUCAUCGGAAGGCGAAGAAAAUGAAAGCGCCAACCUCUGCCUCAUGGCACACGAAGAACCAUCAGGAGAG